CAUGUAACAUCGUAAGUCGACGCGAGUUAUGAUCUGAUUUUCAGUUCUCUCACUGCUAAUUUCGUGAAGAAUGAAUCAGAGACGAAAUGCAUCAUCUAAAUCACAACCCACUAAACCCUUAAUAACCAAAAGCCCUGAUAUCUCCAAACAAAAAGGAUACAAAUCCCAGAAGUCCAAUUUCUUUUCGUCUGAAAAGAAUAUCUUUACACUCUGUUUGGCUUUCCGAAUUGCCAAUUCGCUGUUGAUUCGAACUUAUUUCAAUCCAGAUGAGCACUGGCAAGCCCUUGAAGUUGCCCAUCGAAUUGUAUUUGGGUAUGGUCAUUUGACAUGGGAAUGGAGGAAGGGGAUUCGUAGCUAUUUCCACCCGUUGUUGUUUGCUGUGCUGUACAAAGUUCUUGCACUGUUUGGUCUUGAUACUCCAUGGUUCAUGGCUCACGCACCACGGUUGCUGCAAGCCCUGUUUUCUGCAGUUGGUGAUUUAUAUUUCUACAGACUUUCAAAUGCUAUCUUUGGCAAUUUUGUGGCAAAAUGGGCACUUUUUUCUCAAUUGGCAAACUGGUUCAUGUUUUUCUGCUUCAACCGUACAUUGUCAAAUAGUUUGGAAACAGUUCUUACGCUGGUUGGAUUAUACUACUGGCCCUGUAUGAGAGCUUCUCCCAGCAAAGUUCCCCUGGUUUUAAGGAAGUGGGGUUUGGCUAUAGCAGCAUUAGCUUGUGCAAUCCGGCCAACAAGUGCUAUUACAUGGGUCUAUGUUGGCCUUCUUGAGCUGGCUGUAACACGUGAUAGAUUAAAAUUCCUUGUUCUGGAGGUGGUCCCCAUUGGGGCUUUGGUGCUUGGGCUUUCAUGUUUAUUGGAUCGUUUGAUGUAUGGCUCAUGGGUCAUUGUACCCCUUAAUUUUCUCAAGUUCAAUUUUCUUUCAUCUGGCGGAGAUUAUUACGGAACUCACAAGUGGCACUGGUACUUCUCUCAAGGAUUUACAGUCAUGCUCUUCACAUUCUUACCAUUUUCAAUUGCUGGCAGCAUAAAGUCUAAAUGCUGGAAGCUCUCUGGACUCAUUGCAUGGGUUUUAAUUGUUUACAGUAUUCAGGGGCAUAAAGAAUUCAGGUUUGUGUUGCCUAUGCUCCCGAUAGCUUUGAUGUUCUCUGGAUAUUCGUUAUCUGUUAUGGCAAAAUCUGAUUCUGAUAGUAGAAGAAAAGGUUCUCCUAACAGUCACAUGAAAAGGCCCUCAAAAGUGGGAUUUGCCAUCUUUUUCUUGCUUGCCACUAACAUUCCGAUGGCCUUGUACAUGAGCUUGGUUCAUCAGAGAGGAACUGAGGAUGUCAUGAUUUAUCUAUCCAAAGAAGCGCAAAAUGAGAAAGUAAAGGGUAUCCUGUUUCUAAUGCCCUGCCAUGCCACUCCUUACUACUCCACACUGCAUUAUGAUCUGCCAAUGCGUAUUCUGGAUUGUUCUCCAAGUGAAGAGAAAGGAAUCCCAGAUGAGUCAGACCACUUCAUGAUGGAUCCUGUUAGUUUUGUAACACGGAUGACAAACGGGUCUUUGCCUAGUCAUGUUGUAUUAUUUGAUUCUGAGGAGAAGUUGUUAAGAGAUUUUCUGAUUUCACAUUCUUUCACAGAGAUAAGAAGGUUUUUCCAUGCCCACUUCAAGGUGGACCGUGAUCUUCAAGCAUCAGUGGUUGUAUAUGCUUUGGCUAACUAGUGUGAUUGUCGUUGUCAUACCACAGUGCCAUGAUGUUUGAAAAAACAUUAUCCAAACGCAUCAUCAUGAUCCUUGAUUGGCAUCUCUUAGAAGUUAACAAUUGAGAAGUGCUAAAUCAACAGUCGAAUUAUGUGGGAAGACAGCACAGGUAAAAACAUAAUUUUUGCAUUUUAAGUAACUGUUAUUCAUAUGCCAAUUUCUUGCAAGCUCCUGUGGUUAAGAAAAGAGGAUUUGUAAUAAUUGUUUCCUUUCAGCAAAGACCUUCUGAUUUCAACUAGUCUUGAUCUCUGCUACCUCAAUUGGAAGUUUGUUAAUUCGAUAAUGACUUGAAGUCACAUUUGUGGUGACUUCAUUACAUAAUCCGAAGUGAAAUCAGGAAAAAAAUAUCACGGUCCUUUCUUUUAGGUAAAACGUUAAAUAUUCGUUGACGGGAAUGGGAAUUGAUUUUUAUAUCUGGCAUUAUUCAAAGCAGUGUGAAUGUGGAUUCUGUGAUGUGUCUAAUCAAUUAGGAGUCAGCACAGCUCUAUAGAUUUUAAGAUAAAUGCCGUUAUUUCAUCUGUCAAUCUUGAAACAGUGAACUCCAAAUAAAAUGCCAAUAGUAUCUCUUAUGCAAGUUGGCCUACUUGACUCAGUAUAGCUCACAUUCUUUGAAUCUCCACUAUUUUUUCCAUGAAAGCUUGAGUUGCAUUUUGCCCAUAAUGAUCAUCUCAUGGCAGCCCUGAAAACCUAUGUCAAGUCUUGUUGGUGGGUGGAGUUGAAUGAGCCCAUUUGCAGCUAGAUUAGGUUCCUAAAGAGAGGGAAAAAAAAAAAAAAGCUGUGCAAGGACCACAUCUUGGAACAGGAGGUUCAUGAAUGUAAUUGCAAGCAUAGGCUCUACAGUUAUGGGUCAGUUUAUUUUAUAUAGGUGCCAAUUUUCUUAAGAAAAGUUGGAUUUGUUAAAUUUACUGUACACCUAUUAUGGUAGCAAGAAAUAAACCAGCCAGCAUCACUGAGACUCUCUGGCUGGAGUGGGAUGUUGACAAUUUACAGUAGAACAAAGAUUUAUUUGUCGGUUGGUGGGUGGAGUUGAAUGAGCCCAUUUGCAGCUAGAUUAGGUUCCUAAAGAGAGGAAAAAAAAAAAGCUGUGCAAGGACCACAUCUUGGAACAGGAGGUUCAUGAAUGUAAUUGCAAGCAUAGGCUCUACAGUUAUGGGUCAGUUUAUUUUAUAUAGGUGCCAAUUUUCUUAAGAAAAGUUGGAUUUGUUAAAUUUACUGUACACCUAUCAUGGUAGCAAGAAAUAAACCAGCCAGCAUCACUGAGACUCUCUGGCUGGAGUGGGAUGUUGACAAUUUACAGUAGAACAAAGAUUUAUUUGUCGGUUCGUUUGGUCGGUUUAUACUGACAAUGUGCUCUGUAUUACAACUUCAUUGUUUACAUGGAGAAACGGAAAUGAAAUAGAAUUUCAGAACGAGAAAUGAGAAUGAGAGGUAAGUUAGAAUUACAGAAGCAUCCAUACCAAAUAAAGUACGAAGUGGUCCUCUCAACUUCAUGUUCCUCGAAAGGUCCUUUACAUGAGAUAUUCCUUGAAGGCCCUUGCCUUCUGGUCUCUCCAAAUAUUCCUUCCACAGUUCCACUCAACCAGUAAGCAGAUGGAAUAACAGUAACCAUAGCUGAGCAUUAUUACUUAAAAGGGAUUUUGAGUAUAUUAGAUACUUAAAUUGAAGUGGUUUAAGCAGCCUCAUAGAUGGUCGAGGCAAGUUUUAUUUUGAUAAUUUAACAUGAACCAGGACUUGUAUGACUCGUAUGAGAACACUCCCAGCAUCAGUGGGGAAUAUCAAAACCUUUCUACAGAAAUAAAAUUGUGUUCAUAAGUCAACUUCAAUGUGAGAAUUUUAAUUCAUGUGAAUUGUGAUUGUUUGCCACGCUUUCUUGUCUACUGCAUUAACUGCCUAAAAUAGUGUCUAGAGGCAAGCAAAAUCAAAUACGCUCCGUGAAGUUUACUAGCAUUUUCUAUUUGUGAUUUUUAGGAACAAAAGCUUAGAGUUUGUUUAAAAUGUGUAAAUAGAAAUCACAACAUGACAAAAUGUAACGGAUCUCGACAAGCUUUGCUCCAUAUCUCCCCCAUAUUCCUUUACACUAUUGUCCCAAGGGAGUGAAGCUCAUCUAUAUAUAAACCUGCUUUAUCCCUUAGGUCUUAAAGUCUCACAAAUAUCUUGACCUUUAGGAUUUCUUUCAUGACUAGACGUGCUUGCUAGUUAUCCAUGAAUAAAAGAGACAUGAAGGUGAAAAGGGGCGAUUUGAUAGCCAAAAAGAAGGUGAAGUUGGUUAAAUUUUCUUUGAAAAGAAAUAUUUCUACUUUGCAGAAAAUGAUUCGUGGUUGUGAAGAGGCUGAUGUUGAAACUUUGUUUCAGAAGUCUAUUGAUCAUAUUAUGAAACUAAAAUUGCAAGUCCAUAUUCUGAAGUGUCUCCUGCAGGUUUAUGAGAUUAAUUAGAUUGAGUUGCUUCGUGGCGUUGGCAUCUCAGCAACUGUAUACAAUGUAAGUGCCAAUUCCAUGUGUAACAUCAAGUUAUGAGUCUGCCUAGUCAUGUUGUAUCUUUCACAAAUUCAGCUUUUAGAUGCCACUCGCCAGUGUAAUUUCUGUCAGACACUUGUUCUUAAAGUUUGUGGACAUCAUAAUAAACUGCAAUAGCACUUGUUCCAACUUCUUUGUUACUAUGAUGAAUCAAGUUAUGUUUUGUUGGUUA